AUGUGCCUUAAUAUUAGAGAUGCUUUCCAAGAAGUUGACUACUUACUUAUAUCACUAAAGGUAAAGUUAACUCAAAUUGAUUCUCAUGUACCUGUGGAAAGUUCGACCGUGGGCGACGUGGUGGAGCAGGUGAUGACGCAGCAUUCGUGUGUGGGCGGCCAGCGUGGGCGUCUGGAAAGGCUGGUAGGGCGGCUGGUGGCGGCCCUCAGAGCCUCCACGACCGCCGCCCACACGCGCCACAAGACUCUUCGCUCGCACAUCCUGCCGCUGACCAAUGUGGCUCUGAACAAGGACGCCUCCGUCUGUGCCACCGCCAGCUACGACCGUCAGUGCCGCCUGUGGUCGACCGAGAAUGGCCAGUGCGUGGCCACGCUCAAGGGCCACUCGGAUGUCGUGUUUGAUGUCACCUUCGCCGGGAAGAAUGACCUCAGGGUGUGGACCUCCCCCGAGGGCACUUGCGAACUGGCCCUGGAAGGACACGAGGGCCCGGUGGCCGUGGUCCGCCCGCUGGCCACCUCACGUCAUCACCUGCUCACCGGGGGCAUGGACACUUCGGCGAGGGUGUGGGACUUGCAUAUGGGAGAGAACACCGUGACACUGGCAGGUCACAAGGGUGCUGUGGUGGGGGUAGGGGGGGACAGGUCAGGUGAACUCCUGUACACAGCUUCCUUUGAUGGCACUGUGAAACUAUGGGACACACGCUCUUAUAUAUGCAGCUCCACCCUCCAAGGUCACGAGGGCGAGGUCAACGGCGCUGACCUGAGCUGGUGUGGGCGAUACCUGGCCUCGUGGGGAACGGACGCCGCUGCCCUCCUCUGGGACAUCCGCCGGGUCGACCAGCCACUCCACGCCGUCCGCUACGAUGCUGAGGUGUUGGAUGUGGUCGACGGCGCGUGGGACAGCUGUGGGCGGCGACUGGUGACAGGAAGCGUAGACAGAACAGCUCAGAUUGUUAAUAUAAAUUCACUUACAACUUCUCUCACGCUCUGUGGCCAUAGAGGAGAAGUUUCGAAGGUGAGGGUUUAUGUGGGAGGGUGUCUUUCAACCCAGCUGGAACAAGAGUCAUUACGGCAGGUGAAGAUUGUCGACUCAGAAUCUGGGACGCGGAGAACGGAAACUGCAUUCAGGCAAGAGUUUUUCCAUUCGGGAAAUCGGCAUUACAUGGUUGAUUUUAUUUUUACUGGCUGGGAGUCUUUUGACUCUUUUAAAGUUCGUAAUAUUGGAUCAGCUGAUAUUCUAAGCUUGAAAUUAGUUCCUCUUGACUUUUCUUUUGAUCCUUUGGACACCAUAGAAAGUCUACUGGGCCACGACCGGGAGAUUUUCUCAAUGGCUGUGAGUUACUCUGGUGACGUCAUCAUAACAGGGAGCCGAGACAAUACAUGUGUUCUGUGGAAACGUAUUACUGGAAACUAAAUUAUCAAAAUAAUAGAUUUGGUUUAAAUCAUUGGAAGUAACCUUUUUUUUUAUGUUUUUCCUCUGACAGAUGGUUCAUAUUUACAUCAAGCUUCUUCUAUUUUACUUACACACACACACACACACACACACACACACACAC